AUGACCUCGCAGGGAGGCGCGACCCCGUCUCCGCCCUGUCCCGCCGGCAGAGGCGCGGCGCAGGACGCGCUCUCCCUCGCGGACCUCUCUUCCCGCGCGCCGCUGUCGAGAGUCUCUAGCCGCCUGUCGCCUUUCCCCUCGGCUUUUUCCGAGCCGCCCCGCUCGUCUUCGGAGCCUUCUUUCGCCGUCUUCGCAGACGCAGCGGGGCCUUUGGCGGGCAAUCGGUCCUCUCCGCGGCGGGGCGUGCUGAGCUCGCUCGCGGGCGCGCGCCGUGGGCUGGCUCUCGGCGCGCAGUGCGUGGUGGGUGCGGCGCUGAAGGCCGUGAGCAGGGUCGACACUCCCGUGGCGACAGGCAGCGGCAGCGUCCGCGGGCGUCUGGCGAGCGAGCCGGGACGAGGCGCCCUCCCUCCGCUGCUCCAGGCCGCGCGACAGAGCCACUGCGCCGGCAGGGCCCCAGUCGGCGCGCCAGCCAACCCGACAGAGCCGCAGACCACCGCGGGUCGGCAGCCCUCCCAGCCGCAUGCCCUGAGGGACGGAGGCGCGCGACGCGCUGGUUGGGCGAGAGAACCGAGAAGCAGAGAUAGCGUGUCGAGCAGUGCGAGAGGAGAUGAGGCGGAGGGCGCGGCGCCCAGGCAGCUCUUGGUGAGGCGCGAGGCCGGGGUUCUUUCCUCGGGGGCCGCACCACGCUACGCGGUCGCCGUCGUCGCUGCCGCGCUUCCAGCUGCCACAGGCUUUGCGAGGAGUGCGUCUAUCCUUCCCUCCGACCGGGGCUUGGGGGCGACGAGUGCCUGCCGAACGAUGUCCGCCUCUUCUGCGGGGUCGCCCUGUCCGGGCGCGGCGGCGCCGUCUCUCUGCAGGCAGAUUUCGACGACGCGCACCAGCUGCUGGGCUGCGGCACGGUCGCGGGCGCCUCUCAUCCUUCUCUCCGCGUUCGUGUCUCCGCUCCGCUCCAUCUUUCGGCGUGAGCCUCCGCCUGAGAGCGCGCUUCCGCUCCUGGGCUCAGAAGGCCCAGUGGCGUCGCGGCACGCGGCGGCGCUGCUCGCCGGUUCCCUGCGCGGCUGCAGCGCCUCGGCGGCGCAGGCUGCGAGCUCCGCGUUCGACGCGGGCCCUCGCGCCGCUGGCGCGGUGCCGCCCGCAGGGAACGGGCGAGCGGCACCGCCGCGCGCGCCGUCUGGCCAGCGGGCUCGCGACGGGUCGGGGGCCGGGGCAGCCGCGCCCCGCCGGAGGGCCUCUGGGCCCGCGGAGGGGGACGCGAGGCCCGGAGAAGCCGCUUGCAGGCGGGACAGAGGCGCGAAGCUGCGGGGAGAGGAGCGCGACGUUCCACCGUAUUCUGGGGCCCCUUACUCUCCUCUGGCUUUGUCGCCUUUCGCAGUGGGGUCGUCUGGGAUUCUUCUUCGAGCCCUGGCGCUGCGGUUCGCCUCGUCGCUCCCCUCGAGGUUGGCUGCCUCGAGCAGCCGCGAGGACCGCCUUCCUCCUCCUCCCCAGGCGCGUGCGUUCGGCUCACUGCCUGCUCCAGGCGCGGAGGCCGCUUCGGCGGACAGCGCGAGCGCCCUCUCCGUGUCCGGCUGCUCAUCCGCCGCCUGCAAGGGCCAGCGCAAGAGCCCGGAAGGCGCCCAGAGGCCAGAGACUGACCUGCCGGCAGCCGCGUCGCGCAGGCCUUGGGCCGUCGCGCAGUCUGCCGCUCUCCACGUAAGGCGAGGCUCAGACUCUGCAGCCGUCCCAGACUGUGUCUCCUCCCACAGCCCCGGGAGCAGCGGCGCGCAGAAGGGGUUUCACGCGUCGACGCAUUCUCCAGGCGCUGCCUCGGCGUCUGUCGCUUCCGCGCCGCCAUCGCCAGGCGCAGGCACCUCGACGCAGCGGAGCGACACGCUGGAAAGGGACGCUGCUGCUGCGGCUAGCCAGGCGCCGGCGUCGCGACAGGAACCCACGCGAGAGUGCAGUGAGGGGGUUGACGCCCCAGGAGGUGUCUCCGCGCCGCUGGCCAUGCCUUCGAAGGCCCUCAGCCGCGACCGCAGGAGGGGCCGGAGCUCACGUCGCUCGAGCCCGUCGCCCGCGGAAGAAACGAUUCUGCCCACGACAGACCUAGGCCCCGGCGGGGAGUUGUUCGUUAUGGAACCCCGCAGAGACAGUUUUCUGAAGAUAAGGAAGGGCAGGUCACCUGCGCGGGUCAAGCUCUUCGACUCGCGCAUGCAGCAGACACUCUCAGGGGCGGAGGCCGUGCCAGGCAGGCAGCCAGAAGAGGUUUCGGCGGUGUUUCUGGGCGCGCCAGGCCCCUCUGAUGCGCUACGGGCUCCCUUCCGCCUCUCGCUGGGCGACGGCGAGUCGUACGUCUUCCCAAGCCCCGAGGCCGCGGGAGGCGGUGCGCAGGUCUGUUUUUCGCGUUCUGAACGCGCAGACUUCACCUCGACAGCUGCGGCGGGCAAGGAGCGUUCUCUGCGCUCCUCCCUCCCUGCUGAGGCGAGACACGACCGUGCCCAGCUAUUUCUGUCGCCUCUUGCGUCUCCUGCGCUCGGCCUUUCGCAGACGGCCUCCGCGUCGCGCUCCUCCGUCUGCGCAUUCGAGAGUGGCUUCGGAGAAGGUGCCGCAGAGUCUUUUUUCGAGUCGGGCAACUCAGCAAGCGACCCGCAGAGAAUGCGGCGGGCUUUCACGCCUUCUUCGCCUGCCGUCGACUUGCGGUUUGCGCCGCCCUCGUGGUCACGCGCGCUUGCCUCAGGCCAGAGUCCUGUGUUGCUCCGCUCGGCGAGCGCGCAGGAGGGCCGCGCCUUUUUUGCCUCCGCCGCGACGGCGUGGCGCGAUCCGGAGGGGCGGAGCGCAGGGACUCGCUCCGCGAGCCAGUCCGUAGCCGCCGGCGAGAUGCAGAGGGGCGGCGGCCUUCCCAACGGCGCCCGGGGGCUUUCCGUAGCGCCCCCGCAGGCGCGGAGCGGCCACGCGGCUCUGAAGGAUCAGCGGCGCUUCUUCAGCGUGGGCAGGGGCGGCAAAGAUCCCUACGAAGUGCUGGGCUGCAGUCGCUCGAGCAGCGCGCAGGAUAUCAAAAAGAAAUUUCGAGAAAUGGCCAAGAAGUAUCACCCUGACUUGAAUCCAGAUCCCGGCGCCAAACAAAAAAUGGCGGAUAUCACUGCAGCGUACGAACUGUUGAGCGACCCGAAGCAGCGCGAGUUCUACGACAAGACGGGCAUGACUCCAGACGAAGCUGCGUCAUCUGGUGCAGGAGGUCCAGCUGGAGCAGACGCGGGUGCAGGCUUUGACGCCUCGUUCAUGUUCACGGACUUCGCGGAGAUGUUUGCCAACAUGGCGGGUUUCGGCGCAGGCGGCGCGGGGCCCUUCUCAUCGUCCGCGUUUGGCUCUGCGGGCGCCGCGGCGGGCACCAGCGCGGUCCGUGGCGAAGACAUUCAAACCGAAGUCACCAUCGACCUCAUGGACGCAGUCCGAGGAUGCGAAAAGACGCUUCAUUUCAGCGCGAAGUGCGUCUGCAGCAGCUGCACCGGCACCGGAAGCGCGACGGGGAGCUCGGGCAUUCAGCGCUGCCGCGCGUGCGGCGGUAGCGGCGUCCAGCGCGUCGAGCGCGGCCCCAUCGUCCUCGGCAUUCCAUGCCGCCAGUGCAACGGCGCUGGGCAGGUCAUCACGCACCCGUGCAGGACGUGCCGAGGGACAGGCGUGAAGACUCAGCCGAAAGUCCUCAACAUCGACAUCCCCAAAGGCGUGCGCCAAGGCAUGCAGAUGCGCGUGCCGAAUCAGGGUCACAUGGGCCUCCGCGGAGGAAAGCCUGGGCACCUUUUCGUCAGCAUCAAUGUGAAGCCUCACGAGACCUUCCGGUGGAUUGACGACGACGUCCACACAGACGUGCCGCUCUCGAUCAAGCAAUGUCUUCUGGGCGGCAGCGUCGAGAUCACCACGCUGGACGGCGUCGUGGAGCUGUUGAUUCCGCCGAAUACUUCUCCAUCGACGAUCAAGAUUCUCAAAGGCCGCGGGCCGCCGAAAAUCGACCAGCGAGGCGGCGUCGGCAACCUCGUGCUUCACUUCACGCUUAAGAUGCCCGCCUCGUUGACGCCCCAGCAGCGGCGUCACAUUGAGCUGUUCGACGAGAUCGAGGAAGCACGAAACGCGUCGCAGGCGACCGCGAAACGCGAGGCCGCUGCGGCGGCGGCGAAGGCUGCGGCGGCCUUCAAGGCCGCCAACGACGGGCGAACCUCGCAGGCGUCUCGGCGCUCAACAACGGCCUCGUCUGCCGCCAGCGCCGAGGUUUUGUCCGCCCUGAAAAGCGCGGACAAGAAGCAAGAGACAGAGCACCCGGCCGCGAAGCAGAGCCCGCCGCCGCCUCCCCCUCCACCGCCUCCGCCCCCGUUUCCGCGCCGAACUGCGGGAAGCGCCGAGCCGAAGGCUGAGGCGCAGGCAGCGGAAAUGGCAGAGUCUGUGACGGCGUCGAGCGCGGAAACAGAUGGCGCUGCUACAGCUGAGAAAGACGAAGGUGUGGCAGCAGAAGGCCAGGCGCAGACCAAGCAGCAAGAGCAGAAGAAAGACACUGAGUCUGAGACGACCGGCGAGAAGGAGAAGCCGUAG